AUGUCGUCGUUGCAUGCGUUGCAUGCAUCUUUGGUACAACAAGAAUAUAUUAUAACUAAUAGAGGCUCAAAAUCUUCAGGAAAGAACUCUGCAGCCUCGAGCGAUAAUUCGAACGCCCCAACAAUUGUAGUUGUUAAUGCUGGAGAGCAGAGAGGGCAUGCCACCCCCCCAGAAAAUACAGCGCCUUUAUCGCCUGCUGGUAAUCCACACAAAUCUCAUUCAAAAGAAGAGCCUCCUAAACGAGACCCUUUGAAUCGUUUGAAGGGGACACCUAAAGACGUUAUUCCUAUAAGCAAAGCACCACGUCGUCAAAGAUCGUCGAGGUUUCAUGUGACUGAAAAAGUCGAGUUGGAAAAAUUACCAAAUUUUAAUGAGGUUUCACCGGACAAAAGACAAGAACUUUUUCUUAGAAAGCUUACUCAAUGUUCGGUAAUUUUCGACUUCAAUGAUGCAAGCGCUGACCUUAAAGGAAAAGAGAUUAAGAGGUCAACACUGGCCGAACUCUUAGAUUAUAUCACUACAAAUCGAGGAGUAAUUACCGAACCAAUAUACCCCGAGGUCGUUUCGAUGUUUGCUAUCAAUCUUUUUAGAACCAUACCUCCACAAGUAAAUCCCACAGGUGACGCCUUCGAUCCCGACGAGGAUGAACCCGUACUCGAACUUGCUUGGCCUCAUCUUCAAAUCGUUUACGAAUUUUUUCUUCGAUUUAUUGAAUCACCUGAUUUCAACACGAAUAUUGCCAAAAAAUACAUCGAUCCACAAUUUAUAUUGCAAACAACAUUGCAUCGUAUUUAUGGAAAGUUCUUAAAUUUGCGCGCAUUUAUUCGAAGGUCCAUUAAUAAUGUGUUCUUUCAGUUCAUAUAUGAAACCGAACGUCAUAAUGGUAUUGCCGAGUUAUUGGAAAUCCUUGGAAGUAUUAUUAAUGGUUUUGCAUUACCAUUAAAAGAAGAACACAAAACAUUUCUCACAAAAGUCUUGAUACCUUUGCAUAAAGUCAAGUCUUUAACGUUAUAUCACCCUCAAUUAGCAUAUUGUGUUGUGCAAUUUUUGGAAAAGGAUCCAUCAUUAACAGAAGAAGUUAUUUGUGGCCUAUUGAGAUACUGGCCGAAAGUAAAUAGUCCCAAAGAAGUUAUGUUUUUAAAUGAAAUUGAGGAAAUCUUGGAUGUGAUAGAACCACAAGAAUUUGUAAAGAUUCAGGUUCCAUUAUUUCAACAAAUAGCUCGAUGCGUGUCAAGUCCACACUUUCAGGUGGCAGAAAGAGCGUUAUAUUAUUGGAACAACGAAUACAUUGUCAACCUGAUAGGUGAUAAUGUGAAUGUUAUUUUACCAGUAAUGUUUCCUUCUUUAUAUCAGAAUUCUAAGGCUCAUUGGAACCGUACCAUUCACGGCUUAGUAUACAACGCUUUGAAAUUGUUCAUGGAAAUCAAUCCAGCAUUAUUCGAUGAAUGUACGGCACAAUAUAAACAAAGUCGUCAAUUGGAAAAGAAAAAAAUGCGGGAACGAGAAGAUACAUGGCACAGAUUGGAAAGAACUGCUGCACACAAUGCUCAAGGACUUCCCCUUCCUUAUGCAAUUGGCGGACCUUUGAUAUCUUCAAGAACUGACGUGUCGACGAUUCAAACUUUUAAUGCGUUUGAUAAUGAUGAGAAUCAUUCAAGUGGUUAUGAGGACUCGGGUGAAGAUGAACGUCAAGAAGGAGACAGACAAGAAGAUGAGCAUGGAGAAUUGCAAGCUUUUGACGGAAGGCCAGAUGGUUUUAAUUUAUUCCGCCGAAAAUCAAUUAUACCUGUUGAUGAAUCUGUUUUGUCUGAAUUAUCAAGGCAUCGUAGUUUGGAAGAAGUUCUCAAUGGUCCACCAGAUGCUUCAGGCAGCCCAACAAAAAACCCUUAA